UGGUAGAUUGCGGACUCAGUAUACCACAAAUAUCACUAUGUAUGAAAAUAUAAAGAUAAAUGGAGAACGCAUAUGGAAAAUGUCGCUAAAAAUCAAUAGUAUAUGUUGAAUGUGAAAUUUUAGAAUGGCUCAUUUUCUAUCAGAAACGGAUUUAAAGGUUGUUAAAGUUACAGAUAAAUUUUCAGAAACAGUUCAUCUAAUGUUGAAUGAUCCAUCAAUGGGUCUCUACAGAAUCCAGGAACAUGUUAAGCGUUCUGUACCCGAAUUGGUUGAAAAGAAGAUAGAGCUACAAAAUCUUAACUCGAGUUUGCAAGGUGCAAGUUAUGAUGUUGAAUAUUCAUUGAAAACAGUAAAAAGCAUCGACUGGAGUCCACACUUUACAAUUAUACAGGAAUGUUUAAAAAGUGCCAUUGCAUCAAAGACAAACCUACAAAGACUGGAGAGUACUCAAAAGAAUGAGCUAGAUCAUGCUAAAUCGUCAACUCAAAACAGUGUUAACAUUGAAGAGAAUACAGAGCAAGCUAUUAUUGAGGGUUUUAUUUGUCCAGCUUGUAUGAUAGCAUGGACUAGUCAAGAUGAUUUAAUUAGUCAUUGGGCAAGUACUCAUGAUUCUACAGAAAAUUAUCUUAAUGAAUAAACUAAACCAAUCAUUGAAUCAAGUUGAAGAAGAAGCAGGUAAAAGAUGAAGAGAACAGAUGGUCAAGGAUGUUUUCUACCUUGAAACAAAUUAUUCUUUCCAUAUAAUGGACUAGUGAAUCAUGUAGUAGAAUGCAUUUAAAUAAAGUUUGAAAGAACUA